AUUAGGCAUAAUUUUGAAAAUCGAGAUAAUCUCGAUCGCAGGAAUGUUUUCGGUCGCGAACGAUAAAAUUAACGCUAUUUAUCUCUCGUGUUUGUGAGCAGGCAAGCCGAGAGACGCGCUAUAGUUCAAUCAUUCCCGUCGUACCAGUUUUAAUCAAUCGCUGUAAAUUUCCUAUAGAUAUGCUGACGACCCGUUUCCGGUAAGAAGCUAUCGCGCCGCGAGGAUAGCGUAUACUGGAACACAGGCUUGCAUAACGAAGAAAGUGCGAGUCUACUCGGAUAGAAUUGCAGCUGAAUUCUAAGAUGAAUGUUUGAAAGAGAUUUUUUUGUUUUUUUUUUGUGUUCGCUUAGUUCGUAUUUUUAUACUUUAGAAAGCCGUUCUAUAAUUUUAAACUGUUUUGCCGAGCGCUAAGGUCGAUUCGAAAUAACGCUUAUACGGAUUAUUAUUCGUUUAGCUUGAGAGUGUUUUGUUUCCAAUAUUCCAUCAAUUCAUCGAUAAAGAAGUUCUCGGCCUUAGCAUCAACCGAGUAAAUAUACUGUAUAUCGACUACUAAACAUUUAAGUGAGCGCAGACGAGCGAAGGCGCGUUACGGAAACGGAAUGCGCAGCGGAUGAUUCAAAUUCGAAUUCGUAAUGCUCACAGUAUGGAUAUUCGAGGUAAAUAGUCGAAAGCGCGGCUAAUGCCCCUUUAGUCAGUCGCAAUAAUUAUACCCUCGCCGAAAACGAUCCGAUUUUCCGAACGGCUUUUAAAUGUGCCCUACAGCUUUCACUAAUCCGGUUACGCGCACUUCUCUAAGCACACCCCAUAAUGCGCGCAAUUAGGCCGACGAUUCCUAUUUAAGCCAGGGGUCGAACCGAUUCGGCAUCAGAAGCAGCACCAGCUCAGUUCCUCGACCAACGCCAUGUACUCGAAGACGCUCCUCAUCGUCCUCCUUGCGACUCUGGCCCUGUCCCAGGCGAUCGCGAUCGGCAAGCCGAGCAACCAACUGGAAGGUAGGACUACCCGCGUCGUCAAGGCCAACGCCAACGACGGCUUCAGCCUCCAGAGCGGUUUCGAGGGCUACGUCGCCAGUCCCCAGAAGACUGGGGUCAGCAGCGGCGUCAGCAACUUCAACUGGAUCGCGACCAGCCUCGCGAAGCUCAAGCUCCUCAAGAGCCUGCUGAUACCGCUCUCCGGAGCUUUGCUGGUCUACGGAGCCAAAAUCAUGACGCACCUCGCCCUCUCGAUGCUCCUCGGAGUCGUCGCCAUCAGCGCCGUCUGCACCUUCGCGCCCAUCUGCAGCUUCUCCUUGAGUCUGCCCGACCUGGACGUCUUGAAGGGAAAGUCGGUGAAGGAACGCGUGGCCGAGUACGCUCGCGACUACGUGACCAAGGAGAACAUGGAGAUGUUGUCGCUCAUAGUCCAGAGCGCCCUGAACAAGUACGGAACCAGUCAGCCCCUUGAGGAUGAGCAACCGGCGCCGACAGUUCAGGUCGCGGCAGAGGACACGACAACUGACUCGACGCGCGGUGGUAGAGUAGGAGACACGCCCUCAUAAUUUUCGAUUAUCCACCACGUGUGAUAUUUAUGUAAUUCGCAUUUUACUGCAUCUAUUUAUUGUCAUCGAGUGUCUCUUUUUUAACGCGCCGACGACGACGGCGAAUAAAAUUGUUACGAUAAAAGAAACAAAAAAAAAAUUAAUGUACCUGUACUUCAUUGUUAAUAAAAGCCAGUUUGUAAAAGCAA